AUGAGAAUUUUGAUGAUCCACGGAUCCCGCCAAUCGGGAGAACUCUUUCGGGCAAAACUCCAGGGCUUAGAAAAAUUGAUCCGUCGAGCUCUCCAGCCCGGCGAAGUUGAAUUUUUGUACCCGAUAGCUCCCUUUCGGCUAGAGCCCUCUAACGGCACGUCCGAACUGCGCAAUCGGCACGGUGAAUGGAGCUGGUGGCAAUCUGAAUCCAUCGACGGUCUUUACCCCGGGCUAGAAGACGGUCUAAACGGUAUUGGGUCUAUUCUUAAGGAUUCCGGGCCAUUCGAUGGGAUCAUUGGCUUUAGUCAGGGGGCCGCUGCGGCCGCUAUGGUCGCUUCGCUUCUGGAAGAAAAUCGAAGAGAUACAUUUGUCCGAUUGGAAGCGGAGGCUGGUACCCACUAUCCCGCUUGCUUCGAUACCCUUGAACAUCCGCCUCUCAAGUUCGUGGUUAGCAUUUCGGGUUAUGCCGCCUCUCACCCGGCUUAUCGUGCUUUCUACGAUCCCGUCAUUCGGACGCCAAUGCUGCAUUUUCUGGGGAGUAUGGAUACCAUCGUGGAUGAGGCUGCGUCGAUGAGGCUGGUACAAAGUUGUCAGGAGGGGAAUGAAAAGAAACAGACCGUUAUCUGGCAUUCGGGUGGACAUGUGGUCCCAAAUGGAAAGCGAGAACUCGCUGCAGUUGCACAUUUCAUAAAGUCUACCGUGAGCUGCAAAACAUCAUAA